AUGACCCAGACCGAUCAGACAGGCGUCGUGCUCGCUUCUCAGCUGUACCAAAGGUCGGGCUUCGCCGUCCCCGUAUGGCACACCAGAACUGUAGGAGCUUGGAUGCUCCCACACGGGGCUAGGGAUGGGGAUGCUCCACAGAACCAGUCCUCGGUGCAAGUGUGCAUCUGCCGCCACAUGUCCCUAGCUUACCCUCCAAAUGUUACGGUGGCUUUCAGUUCGCGUGAAAGUGAUUGA